UUCGACUACGUAGAUUAACGUUUCGUAUUAUUGUUGCUGAUUAACCACCUGACAAAAACAAAUUUAAUUCAAUUUUAGAUUAUUUCCUGUCAUUAGCCAUGAUCGAAUUCGAACGACCUUCGGUGUAUAAAAAGCAUACCCCAGAUAGACUACAAUUUCCAAGUAUGAUUUUUCCACCCGCACCGAAAAAGAGUGCCUAGUGCUAGUGAAAUGAAGAUCGGUGUCCUGGUUCUGGUGUUUUUGAUCGUUUGUGUCCAUCAUGAAUCCUGGGGACAACAAAAACCAACCAUCAAAACAACAACCAAAGCUGCUGCCAGCCAUAAAGGAACAUCGCCGAAACCGACCCCGGCUCAAUCGGGGAAACUGGUAGCUACUACCGCGAAAAGAGGACCAGUCACCACGAAGAAAGCUGUUGCCUCCGGAAAAUCUGGAAAGUUAGUGGCGACUACCCCAAAAAAGGGACCGGUUCCCACGAAAAAAACAGUUUCCUCUGACCGAUCUGGGAAGCUGGUGGCAACUACUCCGAAGAAGGGUCCGGGAGUCACUACGAAAAAAUCGACGGCAGCUAGUGGGAAAUCCGGGAAAAUUGUGGCAACGACACCGAAAAAAGCACCAGCGGUGGCUACCACGAAAAAAACAACGGCCCCCAAAGGAUCGGGAAAACAUGUAGCAACUACAACGAAAAAACGACCCGUGGCGCCAGUUGUGAUUGAAAACAAAUCCGGAAAUUUGAAAGCGCCAACUACUAAGGCACCAAAGAACCAACCUAUGAAAAUGAGCACGACAAAAAAGGGCGCAACUACAGCUAAGCCCCCAAAAGACACAUUGGAAUCAAUACUUGGUUCCAUUCGGAAUACUAAGCUCGAUUUGAAUGAACCACUCAUUAAGCGUCGUUUGGAUCCGGAUCAGUCCGAGGAAAUCCCACCGCUGGUAUUCGAAACCGUCGACCCUCGGAUGAUGCUUCGUUCAAGGAAUCGCGUAAACCGGACGACGACACAAACGGCUAGGGCUUUGGUGGAAACCGAACUUUUCGGUCUUGGCGAGACGACGAGACGACCGGGUCAAGAUAAUGAGACCACCGAAUCGAUAAGUCGUUUGUCGACCGAGUCUAACGAGGAACGUUGGACAGAAGUGGAGAAUGUUACGAUAGCGCUGAACGAAGAUGAAACAACGACAAAACUGCUACUGGUGACGGUUGAGAAAACGAACGGUGAAGUUGAAACUACCGAAAGAUCUACCCCGGAGUUGAGUGAAGCAACAACGACAACACGUAUCCUCGACGAACAACCGGUUAUGAAUGAAGGAAUACCAAGCACUGCGAGUAAUAUGGUAGAACAAACUUCGACACCUAUGAGUGAUGUCACAUCUACCCGUAAGCGAUCUCGCGUUAGGAAAACUACAAGGAAACUCAAAAAGCGUAGAAUAACGACCACAACACAACCUACGACGGCGAGUGAAGAAUGAUAAUUGGUUUUUCGGUAAAAUCUCACAGUGUGAAGUUUUUCUAGUUCCAAACCGAAAGUCUUGUUGAGCGAUGAACUGUCGGGAAUAAUAUAAAAUGGUGGCAAAACUGUUUGAACUUCGUUUGAGUUUAUUUUUAAGCAGUAGAGAAUUACCUAGUUUAAAGCAGAUUUU